AUGCAUGCAACAGCCCUUGGGUGGCUUCCUCGUGCUCUCAGGCCGGCCUGCCUAUCUGCGGCACAAGCAGCGUCACCACAAGCGGCGUCGCCUGAUGAAAGCGAAACGGCAAGUGAAGCGGACCUUAAGGAACUGCAAGAAUUGGUACAUCAUGAUCAUAAGCGUAAUUCUCAUAAGUUUAAGGUCUGCAAAAAUGCUAUGAAGGUCUGUUCGUUUGGACCAGCAGAAACCCGACGCGACCGCGUGGUCUUCAUAGUGAUCAGCAUCGAUCCCGACUGUUUGUGUGCUUGAAAUGCAAUCUGUCAUGUAAAUGUGUCUCUGCGAUCACUUCCACUAACUGCAACAUAUCACAAUCCAGGGACAAAAGAAUUGGCGGGAAGCGGAGCUAAAAACUGCGGUGGAAGCGGCAGAGCGGGCACACGUGCUGGCGGAGGAGAAUCCGAGAGACAAGAGGGUGCAGGAGUGGAAGCAAAUUUUGCUCGACGACGCCAAAGAGCGCGUGAGGAGGGACUGGAACAAUCGUGAAGAUCCCGCUGUGAAUAUAGUGGAAACUGGCUCGUACGCAGGCAGGGUGAGGAAAAUUAGUAAAAUUUGGCUGUCGGAGAGUCCUAAUCACGAAAGUUGGAACACUGAGAAUAGCGUCGAAAAAAUGAUACAUGACCCAAGAACAGCACCACGACCUCGACCAUAAUGAGGUUUCUAUUCGUCGCUGUCACGGUGGCAAGGCACAUUUAAGAU